UUGUUUUAAAUGAACUCCGUGUUAGAAACUCCGUGUUUAGAACAAAGUGGACGUGGGCUCGGUUUGUUGUCAGUCGUCCGCUCGGUCGCUGGCGCAUGUUUUUGUGCGUCUCCCCGCAGAAUAAAAGUGCGACCGGAGUUAAAACAAAAAAAAAAAACGCGGAGCGACAAGUUAGCAUCAAAACAACGGCGCUGAGCGGAGCUGCCCGGCGCGCGGGGGGAAGCGGGGCCUCGGUGUCCGGGGGACAUGGACCCGAGGCCCGGCUGUGAGGAGGGUGACAGCACGCUGCUUGUGUUUGCUCUCUCCAGGCGCUAUGGGGGGGGGGAAACAAAUGUUGUUGUUUACCCGGCGACUGGCGUGUGAGCCAGACAUCAGUGGCCCCGCACUGUGGGGUGUGUGGCAACAACCAGAACGAGUUAUUCACACAUGACCCACUCUCUUCAAUGGUAGUUUAAUGUGCUGAAAACUUCAAUGUGCAGCUUUCCUAAUGGAGUUUGGCAGAAAACCACACUGUCAUGGACCCGUUCUGAAGCCGACACCAGUCAUUUGAAGGGAGACUGUUUGUUCCACGGGGUUUAAUUUACUUUUGGCUGAAAUGUAGUGUGACAGCAGCGAGGGUGGAGAGUAGCAAACUGUCAUAAAGUUUGCUAACGUUAGCUAACGUGUAGCCAUGUUCACUGCUGGCUCAUGCUGCUACCAGCCAGGAUACAGCAGAAGACACCCAGUGUUUAAAUGGUGUGUUUUAUUGUUUAUGAAGUCUUUGUGAAGUUUUUGUGUAGCUGGACUACAAGGCCAAAGUCUCGUUGUGAGAUUACUGUGAAACGCACAUCUAUGCAAGUGUGUGUUUUCCAUGAGUCAGUGACUUUGUGCCUGAAUGACUGAGGUCAACAUUAGAUCCAGACCGAUAUGACCGAUAUUGGGGAGAAACUUUAGACCUUAUCAAACCCUCACGACAAGAUGUGUGUUUAACCAUAAACUUGAUGAUGAAUAACUAUAAAUACAGUUCAAAGUACAAGAGAUCUUUAUUUGUCUCUGUGCAAAUGAAACUUUGUGUGAAGUUAGCCUGUAGAUGCUUAAUCGGUAACGUAUUUUAAACCUGAAAGAAAGUAAAAAAGUAACAUGUUAAAGCUUGGAGUAGGAAAACACAAUUAAAAAAAGAAUAUAGAUAUUGUAAAAACGUGUAUAUCUAAAAACGGAGAAAGUAAACAAAUCCAUAAAAAGAAAAUACAUUUUUGUGAAAUGUAAACAUAGAUGCUAGAAUUGUUUUGCUUCCUGUAAAAUUCAAGUUUUCAUACAUAUUUAAAGUCGAUACCAUUAAGUCUGCCAAAGGCUCAAAUUGCCCGGUUUUAUCGGGCAACAAAUGUAUCUGUCGGCAAAUAACUUCUAUUUGAUAACGACACGCUGAGCAAACAGUGGAUAAGUGCGCUUGCCUGAAAGAUUUACACAAACAAACAUCUCUCAUUCAUUCAUUCAUUCCUGCUCGAUGUUUUUAUUCCAGUCUUGAUUUUCUGAAGUGGAACAAAUCCCUACAGCGAAUGCAGGGAGUCCCGUAAUGAAACUAUAUUGAUUAUCUUACAUAAUAUUGAUCCAUUUAGAGUGUUUUUAGUGCGAGGAGACCAAACACAACAAGCAGCUGCACCCAGUUCUCUGCUGUGUUUAAAGGGAGGACACCGCUCACUUUGCAGCCUGGAAGUGUGUCCUCUCAUUUUCAGCUCUGCCCUUUACAUGACAUAAUCAUUGUGGUCAUAACAGUAGUACUCUCCUGUCAAAUUAAACAAGGGGAUGUCUCAUUUUGUUUGUUUCUUCUUAGAGGACUGUUUAAAUAAUCUAGUGCUAGUGUGAAGUAAAUAUCCAGAGGAUCCAACAGGAACUGAUCUCGUUUCAUCAGGAAGCUUCUGUUCGCUCAGUUUAAGUUCAAAUGUCCGUGCGUGCGUGUGUGUGUGUGUGUGUGUGUGUGUGAGCAGCAGUUUUAUCCUUGAACCUCAAUAGUUUCCUCUGAAGUCAUCAAAAACAAAGUGAUCCAGUAUUAAUUGAGGUCACAUUACGUAGUUUUGUUCCUGACUCAGACAGUUUCAUUUCCUGAUUGUUGUUCCUUUUUGUGACUUUAACUGUCUCUGAGUUUGAAAAAAGUUCUCACGAUAUUCCAGAUGAUUCCACAGAGCAGUUUUUAAGGCUUUGCAAAUUAAAGUGCUGACUCUGCUCUCCUACAGACGACAAAUGCGCCUCUUUGGCAACGUAUAAUGACUCAGUUUGACCCAGUGAUUGUUAUAAUUACGUUACUUCAGACUUUAAGCUGUUGUCCAUGAGGUGUGCGGGUGAUUUUGCCUACUCCAGGUAUAGCAAGUGCAGUAAUUAGUCUAAGUAUAGUAAUAAUCAGUCAGUGAUGAGGAACCUGAGAUACUCAUGGGAUUAGCCUACUGUUUGUUUUUAAUUGCAGUGCUGCAAUUUGACCUGGAACAAACCUGCACAGUGUUUGGGAGAGAAACUUGAAUUCCUGUGAGAAUUCUUCAUAUUUUAGGUUAUAUAUAAUUAUAAAAGUAAUUCCUCAUGUUUAUACAGUUCCUUUUGAGGGUUAGUUCAAAAUUAAUGUCCCUUCUAAUCCCCUAUUUCAGUCUUUGUUACUGUUUAGUUUAGUUUGACGGUGAUAAAUAACCAGACGCAGCAGAAUAGAUGACCUGUAACUCUGGUGCAUUUACGAAAUUUGAUAAAAAGUGACAUUAAGAUAAUAUUUGUUGUCGGUUCACACGGAUAUAGCGGGCUGGUAUUUCCUGUGUGCAACGCUGCUUGUCCCAGAGGAAUGCGUGGAAUGUAUUCUUUUGUCCUCUGUAGAUUUAGCAGCUUCUCAUUUCUGCACGGGCAGUGCUGCAGAGCCCGGGAAGAGACGAGCGGCUGGAAAUCAGUCUGAGAGACUGUUCAGUAACCCCCCGCGAAGAGCUCAUACUUCUCUGUGCCCGUCGCUUUGAACCAAAGCCGAGGGAUUCUUUGAGUCGGGAGGGGAGGGAUGAACUUGUGGAAACGUCUGCGCGCCGCCACAAACAUCCUCUCAUUACAAAGAUGUUCUCCGGCGUUUGAAGACUUGUCAAUCCACCACCCUGAACCAGAGCCCCCCUCUUCCCUGUUUAUUUAUAGCUUAGAGGAACUUGCCACUGGAUGUGUCCAUCAUGCAAUCACAUGGCUGUGAUCCUGGAGGGAGGAGGGAGGCUGUAAUUGAGGCUGCCUGCUUUCAAUUAUUUUUCAUUUUUGUCAUGGGGACAUGAGGCUUUCGCAUCUUGAAAGUGGCUUCUCUGAAGCUUCAGAGCCAGAUGUUAGUGAGAGGACAUCAAAAGACAGAUUGUGAUUGAGUAGCAGGACGAUUAUCUGUGGGAUUAGCCUGACUACCACCAGUCUCCAGUAAUAUUCCCACCCUUUUUCAUCAGUGAAUACCUGUAUUGAAAUAUGUUCUGCAGAUCUAAUAUCACACCGGCUAAAACCAUUCAUUUUCCAGAGGCGCCUUGCAAAUUUAACAGCUCUGUACCCUUUGUGAAGCUUGGCGCUGCACCAGCUGUUGUGCCACAUUAUACCUGCGUCUCACAGCCGACUUCAUGCUGAUAAAUGAGGCGGGAUCUUUGCCACCAUGGCUAACAUCUCUCACUUGCAUUUUAGAGCAGGCCUUUGAUGAAAUGGCUUCUCUCACCUGCAUUUCAGAGCAGGCUUGCACUGAAAUAUUUAGAUUAUGCUCAUUUCAAAGCACAGUAUAUAUAAAAAACAACUUUUUACCUCAUCAAUUUGCAGUAUACAACUUUUGAACUCCCGAAACGUAGCAAGUUAUUACUUGCCCCCAGGUGAACAGCACGCGUGGAGAGCAAAAGAGGCAGGGAAAAUUGAUCGAAAUGCUUCGGCUAUUGGCUUCUUAAUUGAUCUGCGUUCAUAUGCAGAUUAAUUAAUAAUAGAGAUUAACCAAAAUGUCGUCUGGACCUAAAACACCAAAGUAUCACUGUUUGUGUUUUGUGUGGAUAGACGUUUGACUGUUGGGAUUUAAUUAAAAAAGAACUACUUGAACUGUAAACAGUGUACAGUUAAAAGAAGAGGGACCCUUGGCCUGUAAAUCCACUCUCUGCGCCAAAAGUCCCAAAAUACUGUCCGUCGCCCCGAGAGUCUAAUUUGUCAUUCGAAGAUAGCCAGUGGGCUCUGAGGUUGUAAACACAAUUACAGUGGGAACAUGGCAAUGUUUUAUUUGCCUCACCCAUUUAAAUUCAAUUCAACUUAAUUUGUAAUGCGCCUAAUCACAACAUACAUUAUCUUGAGACUCUCAACACAGUAGGGUAGAGACCUCACAGUAUUAUAAUAUUAAGAAAAAUACCCCUGGCUUUAACCUCACAGAUCAAAUUAGUGUUAAAUAAACACACUCAUGUAAAUUACAGCCUGUUUUACAUCACUGCUGCAAAAUCAGGAAAAACAAGAAAGUGAUAAUGAAUAAAUCCCAGAAGCCCUCUAUCUUCGCAGGCUUAUUUCUCACUUUAUAGCUAAAAGAUGACACUGUUCCCACUGUUGUGACCGAGAACUUGCCAGACAGCUCAGUUAAUAAAUGUGUGCAUGAGAGAUUCUCCAGAAACUUAAAAAAAUGUACAAAAGGGAAGUGUCUGUGGUGUGAGAGGGAAAAAUCUCCUGCUGCGUCUCUGAACUGCAGAGUGCCUGCUUCAGCUUCCACUCAAUUCCACAUCAACUGAACUUUAGUUAAUUGUGGUGUUAACAGAUAUGAACUUGUUCCAGGGCUUCAAGAAGAGAAGGUCUUGAAGUGGGGGAUAAUUAAUCCAGCAAAGGAUACCGGACACCAGUCUUCUACAGCCAUGUGUUCGACCAAUCAUUCAAACUGGGUCACGUUUGAAGAUGACAACACACCCCUCUCCUCACCUCAGAAGCCCUUGCUGGCACCAGGCCUUAUCAAAGCCUCUGUACCGCGUCCCAAUGGUCUGAAAUUAGUGCUUCCUCCAAUCAGAGACACUUCCUGGAGCUUCAGUCCUUCCCUUGAAUCUCCUCAAAGCCACUCGAGUCUUAGUGGAAGUUCCUCUGUACCAUGUAACACACCCUUUAGCACUCCUGUAAGUGGGGCACCUAGCAGUGUGUCCCCGCUUCCCUCCAACACAUGGGAAAAGAACGACUUCUUCCGGAGUUUGUCCAGCGCUUCGACCACCUCUGCCCCUUCUCCUGCACCAGAGGCCUUAAAUCAAACCUCAGAUGGACCAAGACCUUUUCCUUCUUUCCAGGGGAACUCAGGACACUAUAACCCUUUCUGGGACGGAUCUAGACACAGUGCAGACGUGGACAGUUCCUCCUCUGACUCAGAAUGUGACAACAGCCUACCACGUUUCUUUAUUCGGACCAAAGACGGCCACGAGCCUCCACGUGACCAACUCCAGAGCUCCUUCUCCUAUGUUUGCCACAAACUAGAAGGCUUACGAGCACAAACGGACCAUGAAACAGAGACAGAAAAAGAUGGGGAGAGGCGUCUAAGUUGCAGAACUGAGGUGUUAAGUGAGGACUCAUCUCAUUUUGUUCCUCGAGGUCUGUAUCGUACACAGAAGAGAGACGGCUGGUCUGUCAUGCUCAGGAUCCCUGAAAAAAAGAACCGUAUGUCCUCUCGACAGUGGGGGCCGAUCUACCUCCGCUUGUUGCCGGGUGGUGUGCUGCAAAUGUACUAUGAGAAAGGGCUGGAGAAGCCAUACAAGGAGUUCCAGCUUCUCCCACAGUUUAGGCUCUCGGACCUUAAACUUGAAAGCUACGGCGAGCCCCGCAAAGUCCUCGCGGUCAGGGUGGAGCAUUUCUCCUACAUAGAAAAGAAACGCUAUCACCCGAAGUUGGAGGUUAGUCAUGAGGCAGAGGUGGAGCAGCUGCUCAAGUUCGGCUCCACGGUGCAUGAGGACAUCGAGGACCUGGUAGUCACCAUGGAAGAGGAAAUCUUCAAACUGUGUGUACACCAUCAGCAGAGGCGGCACUACGAGGAGCAGGAGCUGUCGUUGCAGAUCACUGAUCAUAUCUGGAUACAACUGGAUAAGUCGGGAGGAGUCAUAGAGCGGACAGGAUUCACCCAGAUUCACUGCCUUGCUUUUCUGAAUGGACUAGGGGAUUGUUUUCUUGCCCUUAAUGAUCUGGGGCUGCUGCGCUCUAACUCCAGCUACGGGUCGGACGAGGGCAGCGAACUCUGGAUGGAGAUUGCCGACUGUCAUUUCCACAAAUGUGUGAAUGAGACAGAGUUUCUGAGGUCCCGACUGGUAAAGUUCUCACCUCCUGACGCGUGCCGAGUUGAGCUGAUGCGGUACAAGACGACAACUCUGGGUUGCACAGAAAUUCCUUUCUCAAUCAAAGCUGUGGUCACAGUUCAAGGUGCCUAUGUGGAGCUCCAGGCCUUCCUCAACAUGUCGGCAAGCUUCCCUUCUUCUGUAGGGGGGUCUGACAGGUACCCACUGUGUGAGAAUGUAGUGAUCCGUGUGCCGGUGCCAGGCGACUGGGUCAAAGUGACACAGACAGUGGCCUUGCUGCGACAGAGGUCACUGAAAGCCCGUAUGAACAGAAACGCCUGCUUGGGCUCUGUCAGCAGUGCAGACUCGCAACCUGUCAUGCAGGUGUCCAUCGGCACUGUCAAGUAUGAGAAUGUAUAUUCAGCCAUCGUGUGGAGGAUCGAGAGGCUGCCAGCGAAAAAUAUGGCAGUGGAUCAUCCCCAUUCCUUCUCCUGCAAGCUAGAGCUGGGAUCUGAUCAGGAGAUCCCAAAUGACUGGUACCCUUUCGUCACGAUGGAAUGUGAAAUAAUGGGAGCAGUCGUGUCACAGACCAGGGUGAAGUCUCUGGGCACCGCGAACGACAUCCAGCCGCAGAAACAUCUGACCAGCUGGACACGAUAUCACUGUCAGGUGGAAGUGGAGAAGAAAUGGAUUGAAACAGAGUCAGAGAGGCAAUCAGGCUGUAUGACACAGUGACGAUUAAAGAAGCUCUGAAGACGACGCUAUCCUUUUGGUCUACGACAUUUCCCGAAACCUUUUUGAUCGUCAAACGGGAUAACAACAAAAAAAAACAAGAACAACAGGGUGAUGAGGGACUUUCUGCUUAUAUCCGGUGUCGCAUUCAUCUAAUUACACAUAGCCUGGUAAUCAAUUUUGUAUCCUUUUCAUUGAGACUGAAUUAGUCUAGACCUAAUCAAAACUUUAACAUUGUCAUUUUACCUAGCACUUUACAUGUAAUAGAUUAAUUAAUUGUAAGAUUACAGUUUAUAUGAGUACUGUAUAUAAGCUUGCAUUUGCAUCAUCUGCACUGCUCUCCAGAAUGAUUGGCAACAAAGGUUUGCCAAACAGACUGAAUGAGAUAAAAGGCAUCAGUAAUGAGAAAUAUUCACUGUGUGUUAGAAAAACAAAUUGCCAGCAGAGGUUUAGGGUGUGACCCUUGUUGUUGCCCUGCAUUGUUUAAACAUGACCUAGUUACAAACCAGUUCAUUUAGGUACGACUCCUCUGUUUCUACUAAAUAUAUUUUUUUCAGAAGACACGUUUACAUGGAAACCAAUAUUCCAAUAUUAACCCAAUUAAGACAAUAGUCUGAAUAAGACUUUGCCAUGUAAAUACAUUUUGGGAUUACCUUUACCUGAAUAAGUUCAUACUCGGGAUAUGUGAAGUAUUCUGACCUUAGUCGCAUUAUGAAGACAUGUAUACUUAUUAAUCGCAAUAUAAGGUCAUAUUCCACUUUUCACAGCAUUUAGCGAGAUCGACUUGCAGCAGUUACCAACUGCUUGACGACGCAUGCCCUGGGUUGGAGUGUUAACAAGCAGUAGGACGUAAUGUUGGCAUGAGUCAAAAUCAGACUAUGCUCUGUAACAUGUAAUUGACAAUAUUAAUAACGUAUUCUAUUAGCAACUCAUAAACAAAAGUAAUGUCUUAUUCAGAAUAAAGUCAAGUCAGAAUAUUGCUCUCCAUGUAAACAGUAGUAGCAUUAUAGUUGUUGAUUAAUGUGCCUUAAGAAUCUCAACACCCCAUGCAACAGUAUGUGUCAGGCAAAAUAAUGUGAACACAUUUGAUCACACAAAACCAUUGGUUCACAGUCUCACAGAUCAGCAUCUGUCCGAAGAGUCAGUAACUUGAGACCAACACACAAGUAAAUAAUUGUUUAGCCUAAUUGCAAGUGCAUUGGCUGCAAGAUUAUUAAAUAUUUUGAAGGGUAACUAUUUUGCUUUUGCCAAAUACACACAAAGUGCACUUACAAAGUGAAACCGUUAUCCAGACACUAACACUGAUUAACCUGCAGUAUGUCCCACCUUUGGAGUGGUUUUUGAAAAAGUGAUCAUAGUAACAGCUAUACACAAACGUUACUGUGCAAAAAUGCUAUGCAACAUAGGAUGCUAAUAUUAUUAUCGGUGAGGAUUUUUUUUUUUUUCUUCACAUGAAUACAACUCAUUACUUUUGUUGCUUACCUCGAGCUGACCGUUGACUUUAUACCAAGGUUGUAUCUCUGGAGAACUGUUAUUUAAACAAAUCAAAUCUUUAUUAUGUGAUCUUUCUGCCUCUGGGUUGUGAAUAGGUUGAAUGGAAAAGAGUGGGUGAAACUUCGUGGUGAACAACAAGGCCUUCAAUGAUGACUUGUAUGUAUGAGGUACCUGGCUUAAGCUGGAUAUUAUGUACAUCAAGAUUAAAAAUUGAAAUAAA